AUGAGGCUCAUGCUACUCACCUUCCUCGCUGCAUUGGCAGCAGCAGAGAACCAAACCCUCACGCCCUUCGAGGUCAGAGCCAGCGCCCCCGGGACACCCAUCCACAAUCGCAUGAUGACCGCGUCCAAUCUCACCUUCUUUCUGAACGGCCAGACAGCCUCCUUCUGUCCCUUGCAGACGGGCUGUCCAUCAGGUAACCAUACCGUUCUCAACGCGAAUGCUAGCUCUUUGGACGUCCUCGUCCCCGGCGGCCAGCAAAUCUACGCCAGCCCCGAUGGUGCCGUCCACUACACCCAGGCUCACUCGGCUUUUAUUCCCCCCGGCUCGUCUACGGGUCCCUUCUUCCAGGCCGACGGGGUCUGGCAUUUUACAGGCCUGGGGGCGCGUGACUUCAUGGCUUGUCCCACGGCGAAUCAUAGGUGGGAGGUGUUUGUGGCGUUGCGGAAUGCGACUGUGCCGUUGGGUAAUGUCACUGCUUGUCUGCCGUUCGUGGCGAUGGCUAUUCCGUUCCUGGCGCCGGAGGCUGGCGCUUUCCAGUAUACCUGA